AUGAACAGGGAGUCGGAGAAGAGACGUGAGCAUUUCCACAUGUCUGGAUACCGUGACGGGAUUAUCGCCGGGAAAGAAGCUGCUGCGCAGCAAGGUUAUAACGUUGGCUACAAGGAAUCAGUUCUUGCUGGCUACAAGUUUGGUAUUGUGAGAGGCGUUUCCAGUGCGUUGGCUUUUCUUCCGGAUGAGUUAAGAGAGAAGCUGGUCGAUGAACGAGAAACUAGGGAUAAGUUUCAGAAAUUACACGAUUCUGUGCAUGGUAUCUCAACGGAAGCCGCAAUGAAACUGUUUUAUGGAGCUCUGACUAGAAAGCAAGGGGAGGAGAAGAGUGGAGAAGAAGGGCCUGACUCUGUUUCUGGUCCUAGCUCUGUUUCAGGUUCUGGCGUUACUGCUACAACUGAUCACUUGGGAAACUAUGUUACUGAACUAAGCUCACUUCUUGAAAAAUCUCCCAAGAUUGAAGUUAAAUUGGAGACAUAG